CGAAAUCAAUCUGUCUGACGUGGAAUAUCUGUGGAAACAGUGAAAUACACAAAUUAUUUCUUAGUUUAAAGAGUUAAUAAAAUUUUAUUCGAAACUUAGACCUAAACAAAAAUGAAUUAUGGAAUAAAUCAACAGUAUCCGCCGCAACAGUUACCACCGGGUGGAGUAUCAAAUAUGGGGUCACAAAUGACAAGUACACCAAAUUUAAAUAAUCCAUCCUUAGUUCAGCAAGGUUCUAAUUAUGGAAGUGGACAAUUACCUAAAACACCUUUUACAAACAACAUUCCGUUGAAUUCGCAAUUAAAUGGACCCGGUAGCAUUUCACAGCACUAUUCUCAAUCAUCGCACCAGCCAAAUUCAACUCCAACUCAGCAACAAAAUGCACAGCAAAAUCCGAGUACGAUUUUACCCCCACCACCUGGAAGUUUAAAGCAACCAAAUUUAGAAAAUAAUAACGUAAUUACUUCUAAUCAGCCUCAAACAUUGCAAAAUGGUCAGCAGGGUAACUACUAUAAUAAUUUAAAUACAAUGGGUCAGCCAACGAAUGCGCCUUCAUCCCAAUUACAUCAAAAUAUUGCUACACGACCGAAUCAAAAUAUAAUGACAGGUCAACACAUUCAACAAUUAAAUACUUCAAAGGUCAGUCAACCGGGCUCUUUACCACCCACUCAAUCGACUCAUCAAAAUUCAAUGAUACCUCCGUCGUCUCAACAACAGUUCAUCAAUUCAAAUCAGCAGCAAGUAUAUCAACAAAAUACGAGACCUCAAUUACCUCCACAAACAAGUUUACCCCCAAUGUCACUUCCCCAAUCAACACCAAACACUGGAAUGCCUUCGAACUCUCAACCAAUUCAUCAAAUGGCUCAACCAGGAAUGCCUUCUUUAUCUCAAGCUGGUAUGCCUCCUAAGCCGCAAGGCAGUACUUCAAGUAUUCCGCAACCAAUGUUGCAACCGAUGCCUCAAUCUAACGUUCCACUAAUGAAUCAGCAAGGAGGAGCAAUUCCUGCACCAUUACAAUCACCAAUGCAACCAAUUUUGCCUCCGGGUGUAUCUCCAAUGUCAUUUCAACAAGGUAUGUCCCAGCAAUAUCAAAACACUAAUAUGAUAAAUCAGCAGCAGCCGUAUUUGAAUCAACAACAGUUGCCCAAUCAAGGUAGUAUGACAUAUCCUAGUGGGCCUGGAAUGCCACCACCUGGAAUGCAGCAAAGAGGGCAAAUGGGUCAAAUAGGUAGACCAGGGCAACAACCGCAAUAUAAUAUGUUUCCACAACAAAUGGCUCAGCAGCAGCCACAACAACAAAGGCGUUUAGAUCCUGAUCAAAUGCCAAAUCCAAUACAAGUAAUGUCUGAAAAUCAAAAAACUUCUGGCGGAAUUUUUGCAACAAAUAAUGCAGGUAUGUUACCACCUUUAGUUACAACCAAAUUUAUCACGCAAGAUCAAGGAAAUUCAAGUCCAAGGUUUAUUCGGUCAUCAAUUUAUUAUGUCCCAGCUACCUCAGAGAUUUUGAAGGCCACUUCAUUGCCAUUUACAUUAAUUUUAUCGCCAUUUGCUAAUGCAGUUGAAAAUGAAAUGUCUCCACCAAUAGUUGAUUUUGGAGAGCUCGGCCCUGUUCGCUGUAUAAGAUGUAAGGCUUAUAUGUCGCCGAAUAUGCAAUUUAUAGAUGCGGGAAGACGUUUUCAAUGCGUACUGUGCAAGGCAACAACGGAAGUUCCUUCCGAAUAUUUUCAACACUUAGAUCAUACAGGACAACGACUUGACAAAUACGAAAGACCGGAGUUGGUACUUGGCACAUAUGAGUUUGUGGCUACAAAAGAUUAUUGCCGUGAAAAUACUUUCCCAAAUCCUCCGGCUUAUAUUUUUGUUAUCGAUGUAUCCUACAAUAACGUUAAAAAUGGGUUGGUAAAAUUACUAUGCAAUGAGAUUAAAGCAAUUUUAAAACACUUGCCUGUGGACGAAGGCCAUGAGAAAAGUAAAAUAAAAGUAGGGUUUAUAACUUAUAAUAGCGUUGUUCAUUUCUAUAACAUUAAAAGUACUUUAACACAACCACAAAUGAUGAUUGUUGGAGAUGCUAAAGAAAUGUUUAUGCCGUUAUUAGAUGGAUUUUUGUGUGAUCCAGAAGAGUCAUCUUUACAAAUCGAUUCUUUGUUAGAGAAAAUAUCAACAAUGUUUGAGAAUACUAAGGAAACCGAAUGCAUAUUAUAUCCUGCUGUGCAAGCUGGUAUCGAAGCUUUAAAAGCAUCAAAAUGUCCAGGUAAAUUAUUUGUCUUCCAAUCGUCACUUCCUAUUUCAGAUGUGCCUGGAAAGUUGAAGAAUCGAGAUGAUAGAAAACUAUUAGGAACCGAAAAGGAAAAGUCGGUUCUGUCAGCUCAGAAUACUGCAUAUGCGGAAUUAGCUAGAGAUGCUGUUCAAGUUGGUUGUUCCAUUGAUUUAUUCAUUUUCAAUAAUUCAUACAUUGACUUAGCAACAAUAGGUCAGCUCUCAAGAUUUACUGGAGGUGAAGUUUAUAAGUACACAUACUUUCAAGCUGAUAUAGAUGGACAACGUUUGAUUAAAGACUUAGUCCAUAACAUUUCAAGAGCUACAGCCUUUGAUGCUGUUAUGCGUGUUAGGACUUCUACAGGUGUUCGACCAACUGAAUUUUAUGGUCAUUAUUUUAUGACAAAUACGACUGAUUUGGAAUUGGCAAGCAUAGACGCUGAAAAAUCAAUUGCCAUAGAAAUCAAACACGAUGAUAAAUUACCACCUGAUGAGAAUGUUUAUAUUCAAGUAGCUCUAUUGUAUACAUCUUGUAGUGGACAAAGAAGAUUACGAAUUAAUAAUGUGGCUCUACGUACAACAACAACCAUAGCAGAUGUAUUCAAAGCGUGUGAUUUAGACGCUACCAUAUUAUUUUUAGCUAAACAAUCAAUUAUAAAGUUAUUGGAACAUUCACCGAAAAUAGUAAAAGAUCAUUUAAUACAGGUUUCGGCACAAAUUUUAGCAUGCUAUCGAAAGCAUUGUACAUCACCAACCUCAGCUGGUCAAUUAAUAUUACCGGAAUGCUUAAAAUUAUUACCAUUAUAUAUAUCAUGUAUGUUGAAAAAUGAUGCAAUAUCAGGUGGUUCCGAUAUGACAUGUGAUGAUAGAUCAUACGUUAUGCAACAUGUUUUAUCAUUUGAUCUGCCUGCAAGUACAGCAUUCUUUUAUCCGCGUUUAAUGCCUAUACAUAAUAUAAACAUAGAAGAUAAAAAUUUACCAAGUCCAAUUAGAUGUAGUUAUGAAAAAAUGUCACCCGAUGGCGCAUAUAUAUUAGAAAAUGGCAUGUAUUUAUUUAUAUGGCUUGGUAAUAUGUUAUCCCCAGAAUUUUUAAAAGAUUUAUUCGGUGUUCAAACAAUACAUGAAGUUAGUCAAGAACGUUUAGGUUUCAGAAAUGAUACCGAACUAUCUUUACGUAUAUGGCAAGUAAUAGAUGAAAUUAUGAAUGAAAGAAAGAAAAGUAUGAAAAUAACCAUUAUUAAACAACAGGAUAAACUAGAAACAGUUUAUCGUCACUUUUUAGUUGAAGACCAUGGAUGUGACGGCACAUUAAGUUACGUUGAUUUCUUAUGUCAUAUGCAUAAGGAAAUAAAAGAAUUGCUUAAUUAAAAAAUAAAAAUAAAACAACGGAAAUGUUCAUAAUGAAAUCAUGAAAAAAAUUUCGAAAUUAUUUAAAUAAAAUAUAAACUGAUUAAAUUCGUAUGCAAUUAAAAUUACUAUGAUUAUUAUUAUUAUUAUAAUUAUAAAUUUCGAUUUAAUAUUCAAGGAAAGGAAGAUAAUUAAUUAUUUAAUUAGAAGAAAAUAAUAUUCUUUUUAAAAAAAAAUUAAAAAAAAAAAUUAAAACAAAAAAAAAAUCGAAAAAUGUUACAUGAAUAUGUUAUUAUAUAUCUAUCUAAAAAUCUUAAUAAAAACUAUAUUUUUUUUGUUUUUCAAAAACGAAA